GCCAUGCUAAAAAAUAUGUGCUAUACUUUUGCACUGAAAAACCUCGUGAAUAGCCAUUAAUUUAUUCAAAACUGUGAAAUUCGCCGAGACAAGACCCUGGAGGACCCGAAAAAGAUGGAGAACAGUGAAAAAUUGCGUGAUUGUAGAGUUAUUUUAAGUUCGCAAGAAUACGAAGACGCCAUGGACAAGUACGCAAAACAAAGCAGCCCAAAACGCUACAAUCGCAUCAAAAAUGCCUCAGAUACUGAAAGUGAGAAUGAAAGUAAAGUCAAAGACUCAAAACCAGCACCAAAAACUUUGAAGCGCAAAAAAACUGAUCCUUUCCAAAUUGACGAGUCAGAUAAGCAGUUUAUUGAGACGAUCAGGGAAUCGGCGAAUGAUCGAUCGAUUGAGGUUUUCCCGGAAAUGAGUCCUUUUGCCACGCGAGACGAAGAUGACGAUGCCCUUGCUAUCGAAACAGAUGACGAUUUUGGCGAAGAAUUUAAGGAUGAGACACCUAAAAAGGAAGUUGUCAACAAAGAAAACGUUCAACGUCAAAGCAUCCUGGAUGAUGACGAGGACGAAAAAUCGAGCAAUGAUGGAAGGAAUAGAUUCUCAAAGUUGUCGGAAAGAGAAAGAGAGACCAAAGACAGUCACGGAAAAGUUGUGUCAUCAACAAAUUCGGAAAGAGUUCGUUUUGUGCCAUACACCAAACAACGCCAACGAUCUUUCACACCGCCAUCUGUCUCUCCUUGGGCCAUGUUUAUGUCGCAACCUGCCCCUAGUUCACCUUGGACUCGUAUGCCAAUGAACGUACCACCUCCCAGUUAUCCCUGGCUUCACCCUUCCACACCUGAUACCAACAACGACAAAAGUCCCUAUCCAAGCAAUUCGUCCAAAACGUCUGCCAGUCACACACUCCUUUCGGAAUUCUCAAAGAUUUGCCGGAACUUUAUGUUUGGCACGUGCACCGGCAACAUUCAGUGCAACCGCAACCACACGUUUCCCGACAUCAAGUGGGUCAAGCACAUGCUGUACCAGAUGAGCAUCGACGAAGUCCUCACCUUUGUCAUUAGUUGCUACAACAGUAUCCAUUGUUCGCGCAUUUACUUUCCCGCGAUCUCAUCGUACUUUGGCGACCGCAAAUUGCAACGUCAACUUCUCGACGCAAUCUCCAUGGCCGAAUCGAAUUACCAGCUGUUGCAGAAUUACAAGUGGAUCGUCGACGGGUUAAUUCGUGCGGGUGACUCACCGUAUACCGCAAUUGUCAAGUUGCUCGACAAUCGACAAAAUCACACGGCAGCCGCGAACAGAGUUGUCGUCGAAAUCAUCGUUAAGACAAAGACUGAAAUUAACUUUCUGGAAAAGUUAGUGGAAUUUGCCCAGAACUCCAUCGAAAUCUUCGACGUCAACCUUUUUCACAACUUUAUGCAAGUGGCCAUGACAGAUCCCGCCCAAAUUGAAACAUGGAAGGUUUUGAUUGAAGAUAUUUUGGAAAAUAUUACGCUCGAAAAUGCCUUCAAUUUGCUGGAUCAACGAUUGAUUUCGUCCUUUAUCAGCUACUUGGGAAAACUCGAAGGAGCUUCAACCUAAAACACUUGACUAACUUUUUUUUUCUUCGAUAAAUUUCCGCAUUUUAAUUCUUUAUUAUAUGAUAUAGGUACGUAACUUUAUAUCAUUUCAACUCUUGAAAAUUGUACAUUGGCUGUCUUUUUUGUGCAACAGUCAAAUAAAAUAAAAGCACAUCAAUAUCAAAUUAUUUCUACAAUUCAAUUAAACUUUGUCUUGCAACUUUUAAAUUGGUUUAUAAAGUUCAUCAGUACCUCCUAGAGCUGUUUGUAGUCGACGAAAAUUAAAUACACUUUUGCAUUUAUGAAGCAAACUGAAAUGUUGUAUUUCAUGUAAGAAAAUUUUCAUCAAACCAAUUGUUUAAUCGAUCUAGUAUUAGUAGAGAUAGAAAAAAGAAAAAAAUCUGUAUUUUUCAAAGAACUAAUAAUAUUUGAAUAAAUCUUGUGACGAAA